AUGACCAAUCAUCGUGAGUGGCUUACCGGAUUGAGGGAGUCUAGUGUACCCUACGUUCUAUUGGGCGAUGAAGGGAAACUGAGUGUGAAGGGGGAAGGAGAGUUGCUGCUCCAGGGAGAGUACGGGGAGCUGAAACUGGAGAAUGUGCUUUUAGUGGAGAAGCUGUCACUGAAUCUGAUCAGCCAAACUCAACUUGACAGCACGGGGUGCAAAACCUUCAGCAACAAGGGGAAGCUGUGGGUUUUCAAUGAGGAUUGGAAGGUGGUUGCAGAAGGGAACAGAAAUCAGGGGUUGUAUGAAAUGAAGCUGAGAAAGAAGGGGCUGGAAGAUGAGAAUGCCACCUACCUGCCAUCACUCGAAGGGGACCUAGCUAGGGAGGAGUUGAAGGCUCGGCUUGGUGGCUUACCAGUGAAGGAGCUGCAGCAGGAAGCUUCAGCCAUGGUGGUUGGGAUGGAGAAGGAGGUGAACUACCUGCAGUGGAAGGGAGUAGAGAAAGAGAUUGCAGCAGCAUGGACAACAACUGCACCGGACAAGGUGGAGGAUCUUUUGGAGGAAAAGGAGAGUGAGGGAGUAGGGUAUGAAGGAGAUGAGGAACUCGAAGAUGUGGAACGGGCAGAUUCAGUUGAUUGGGUGUGGGAGAAGGCACUAACUAGUGAAGCGGAUGAAACCAAUGGAGUGGAGAUAGCAGGGGAGCAGCUAAGCAAUGAAGUAGCCGAGGGUGGCAAUGAAGAGGUGGUUGGAGAAGAAGGAGAUGAAGAAUCAGCAGCUGAAGGAGAUAGUGAUCCAUGGAAGCUUUUAAACAGUGAUGACAGCAAUGUCAAGAUGAGGGAGAUAGAGGAAUUACUUGAGGAGGGCGCCAUCGUGAUUGGAAGGGAAGUGAAGAAUGGAGAAGGGAAAACACUGGCGGAUUCCAGUGAGGAUGAGGCUGAAUCACCUGCGGAGGAGUUGGGGAAAGGAAAGAGGUUGAAGAAACCAAACCUCGGCAUGCGCAACUGCUGA